UAGAAGAGGAGAAGCUUGUGGAGCAAACGCGCUCACACGUACUACAACCGACCACUUAGGCAGUUUUUCACAUUUUACCUUGUUACCGUCAAGGUGUGCGCGCUGUGAAGUGGGAAGAGACUGUGAGAAACAGGUGCAAAGUGUGAAUAUUCUUUAAAAAGCUUGAGAUGGACCAGAAAGACACGGAGAUGAACGAGAAGGGAGUAACGGUGACCAGUACGACUUCAUCCAGUGGAGUUGUUGUUCAAGUGCGCGAAAAGAAAGGACCUCUGCGCGCAGCCAUUCCCUACAUGCCAUUCCCUGUAGCUGUUUUCUGCCUAUUUCUCAACACUUUUGUACCUGGACUAGGGACGUUUGUGUCUGCAUUCACGGUGCUGUGUGGAGCCCGGACAGAUCUGCCAGACCGCCAUGUGUGUUGCGUGUUCUGGUUGAACAUAGCUGCAGCCUUCAUUCAGAUCCUCACAGCCAUAGUGAUGGUGGGCUGGAUCAUGAGUAUAUUCUGGGGCAUGGACAUGGUCAUCUUGGCCAGUACGUAUACCUCAGAACAUAUCUGCAACACAAACAUACACUAUACAGGCUUAUUGUUGUCUUGUUUGUCUGUUGUCUGUUGAGAUUCCUUAACUAUAUAUCUGUGGGUUUCUAUGUCUUGUCUUUCUAAACCCACAUUUCUUUUCAUCAUGUAUCUAUUGUAUGUAUCCAUGUGUAUAUGUUCUAUUUCUCUCUUUCUUCAUCUCUCUUCUCAUGCCCCGCCCUCUCCUCUCUUCCUCUCCCUCCCGUUGAGACACUAGUCAUUGUGAUGGUGGAGCAGGGUCUUUUUCCAGGGUGGAGCCCUGGAUGUCAGCCUGUGUGUGGGAGUGGAGGACAGGAAAUGGUCCCCCUACAACACUGCCAGUUUUCUUCUGCUCUCUCCCUGCUUUUUGAAUGUUUUUGAAUCAGUGUUCAACGUGUCUACUUCGAACCUUCUUCCUCUACUUUCCUUAGGUUGUGUAAUAGAUUUGUAAUACACAUUUUGUGUAAUGUGUGUGUAACUGUAGUUUCUCAUUAUUUGUGUCUUUUCUGUACCUUUUUCUAUGCUGCACCUUUAUGAACUCAAGUUUCUGAAGGUAGGUAUGUGUAGCAUCCUAGUGUCCUCACCUUGUGUGUAGCAUCCUAGUGUCCUCACCUUGUGUGUAGCAUCCUAGUGUCCUCACCUUGUGUGUCGCAUCCUAGUGUCCUCACCUUGUGUGUAGCAUCCUAGUGUCCUCACCUUGUGUGUAGCAUCCUAGUGUCCUCACCUUGUUUGUAACAUCCUAGUGUCCUCACCUUGUGUGUAGCAUCCUAGUGUCCUCUGUGUGUAGCAUCCUAGUGUCCUCACCUUGUGUGUAGCAUCCUAGUGUCCUCACCUUGUUUGUAACAUCCUAGUGUCCUCACCUUGUGUGUAGCAUCCUAGUGUCCUCUGUGUGUAGCAUCCUAGUGUCCUCACCUUGUGUGUAGCAUCCUAGUGUCCUCACCUUGUGUGUAACAUCCUACAGUAUAUACAUCCGCCUGUGUGUGUCACCUAAGCACCUCAUGCAAAUGUCAGAGGUUGGUUUGCAGCACCUUCCUCGUCUCCAUGGUGAUUUAGAGGCGCAACAGCACACAUCUAAUUUGGGAGAUUGUGCCCCUGUCCCUGUCCUUCUCUAACCCAUCACCAUCUCUCUUUUUCCCCGUCUCUCCCCUUCCCUCGCCCUCACCCCCCCCACCCA